AUGACAGAGCUGAAGGCAAAGGAUCCCCGGGCUCCCCACGCGGCGGGCGGCAGGCCCUCCCCCACCGAGGUCGGGUCCCCCCUGCUGGGUCGCCCGGACGCCGGUCCCUUCCAGGCCAGCCAGACCUCUCCGGACGCCUCGCCGGGCGCCGCAGCCAUUCCCAUCUCCCUGGACCGUCUGCUCUUCCCUCAACUCAGCCAGGGACAGGACCCCCUCGACGGGAAGACGCGGGACCAGCAGCCACUGCUAGACGUGGAGGGCGCGUACUCCGGAGCUGAAGCAGUAGGGGGUGCAGGAAGCGACAGCACUCGAGACCCCGAAAAGGACGGCGGGCUGCUGGACAGUGUCCUGGACACCCUUCUGGCGCCCCCGGGGUCCAAGCAGAGCCGCCCCAGCCCUCCCGCCUGUGGGGCCAUUAGCCCGUGGUGCUUGUUCGGCCCAGAGCUUCCCGAAGAGCCUAGGGGUGCCCCCGCCACCAGGGGGGUGUUGUCCCCGCUCAUGAGCCGGCCCGAAGGCAAGGCUGGAGACGGUUCUGGGGCGGGAGCGGCCCCCAAGGUACUGCCCUCGGGGGUGCCGCCGUCUGCGCAGCUGCUGCUCCCGACCGCUGGGGGCCCCCACUGGCCCGCGGCGGUAGGGAAGCCGCCUCCUCAGCCGGCUGCGGUGGAGGUGGACGAGGACGGUUCGGAGGCCGACGGCUCGGUGGGCCCGCUUCCGAGGGGCAGGAAACCAUCGUGCAGCGUCACGGUAGAUCCGCUGUUACCCCGCGGAAUGCAAACUGUGAAAGGAGUUGGCUGCUGUGUAAAAUGUUUCUUUCCUGAAUAUUUACGGGAAUAUCUGCGUAGGAGAGGGACUACAGCACAGUCCCACAGCGAGGGGCCGGAUUCAGAAACCAGCCAGAGCCCACAGUACAGCUUUGAGUCAUUGCCUCAGAAGAUUUGUCUCAUCUGUGGGGAUGAAGCAUCAGGCUGCCAUUAUGGCGUCCUUACCUGUGGGAGCUGUAAGGUCUUCUUUAAAAGAGCAAUGGAAGGGCAGCACAACUAUCUAUGUGCUGGAAGAAACGACUGCAUUGUUGAUAAAAUCCGCAGAAAAAAUUGCCCAGCAUGUCGCCUUAGAAAGUGCUGUCAGGCCGGCAUGGUCCUUGGAGGUCGAAAGUUUAAGAAAUUCAAUAAAGUCAGAGUUAUGAGAGCACUAGAUGGUGUUGCUCUUCCACAGCCAGUGAGCAUUUCGAAUGAAAGCCCAAGAAUCACUUUUUCACCAAAUCAAGAAAUGCAGUUGGUCCCUCCACUGAUCAACCUGUUGAUGAGUAUUGAACCAGAUGUAAUCUAUGCAGGAUAUGACAACUCAAAACCUGAUACUUCCAGCUCUUUGCUGACAAGUCUUAAUCAACUAGGAGAGAGGCAACUUCUGUCUGUAGUCAAGUGGUCUAAGUCACUGCCAGGCUUUCGAAACUUACAUAUUGAUGACCAGAUAACUCUCAUUCAGUACUCUUGGAUGAGCUUAAUGGUUUUUGCAUUAGGAUGGAGGUCCUACAAACAUGUCAGUGGGCAGAUGUUAUAUUUUGCACCUGAUCUAGUAUUAAAUGAACAGCGGAUGAAAGAAUCGUCGUUCUAUUCAUUAUGCCUUACCAUGUGGCAGAUCCCGCAGGAGUUUGUGAAGCUUCAAGUGAGCCAUGAAGAGUUCCUUUGUAUGAAAGUAUUACUUCUUCUUAAUACAAUUCCUUUGGAAGGAUUAAGAAGUCAAAACCAGUUUGAUGAGAUGAGAUCAAGCUACAUUAGGGAGCUCAUCAAGGCAAUUGGUUUGAGGCAGAAAGGAGUUGUUUCUAGUUCACAACGUUUCUAUCAACUUACAAAACUUCUUGAUAGCUUGCAUGAUCUUGUCAAACAGCUCCAUCUAUACUGCUUGAAUACAUUCAUCCAGUCGCGGGCACUGGCUGUUGAGUUUCCAGAAAUGAUGUCUGAAGUGAUUGCUGCACAGUUACCCAAGAUCCUGGCUGGGAUGGUGAAACCUCUUCUCUUUCAUAAAAAAUGAAUGUCGUAUUUUUCUUUCAAAAGUUUAAAUUUUGUGGUAUGUAUUUUUGUGGUGGUUAAGAUUAUGAGGUUUCUAGUUUUUAUGAAAUUCUUCUGAAAGCCUUACCUUU